AAAUAAAAUUAUUGCAUGCUGUGCUUUUUUUGCCUGUUUUGAGUCUCUCUUGUUUAGUUCCUUUAGUUAAGGCUAAAACGCCGGGGAUAAAGAAUAAAGAACCGGAGUGUCUCUUACUUAAUUGGAUAUGCGUCGUAUUCACAUUGGGAAGGGAGACUUUGCUCUCUUUCAUCAAGAUAUCAACGCCUUCGACUAUGAGUUCUUUCGCAACCACAGCGGGGCUUUUAAGAGAAUGUGGGGAGAACAAACCAGGCAAUUUUGGGUACUCUAUGUAGAAAUGUUUGAUCACUUUAUUUGGAAUUAUGGCGUCAUGAAAGACUUUCCACUUAAAAUAGAUGAAGUUCGACUUUAUGUCGACGAAAUAAUAUCAUCAAUAACUCUGUCCUUUGUCGAAGGAAAUGCUACGUCGGCAAAAACUCUAAUAACAGAUUGUGCCGUGGUGGCACAAAAUAGACACUUUAUUGGUAUACUGGAUAAAGCACCUUAUUCUCAAAAUCCGUUUUAUACUAAAGAUACUCGAGAAACUUUUAGAAAAUUAUUUGGAAUGCCAAGAUCUAAAACUACAUUUAUGAAAGUAUUAUGUGGUCUACCAGUGUAUGUAAAGUUUGCAGGUGCAGCUGUAACUAUAUUAAGACGAUGGCUAAAAGCUGAUACCAUUAAUGACGAAGAUUGCAUUGAAGACUAUCUCUCAAAGUUAUCCUCCAUAAGAUCAACCGAUUCAGCUUCACUAGAGGUCAUUGAAAGAACACUGACCAGAGAGAAGAGAAAAGAAGAAGCAGACCAGCCCACACAAAGAGUAUCAAAGAGACAUUUCUCUCAAGAGAGUACCAAACAGAAAGCCCUUGAGUGGAUUGAUACUAGUAAAACUUCGGUAGCUACUGAACUGGAGGAACUAGAUCCUCCUCCAAAAGAGAAAAUGUCUUAUAGAUCAGAGUAUAAGAAGACAAUACAGUCGGUUACUGAAGAUGUGAGGAAUUCAUUGGUGGAGAGUAUAGCUGAAGUAAAGAGAAAGGAGAUUGAGCUAGCACGUGAAAAGGGAGAAGAUGUGGAGCCGAUCAUUGAAGAAUUUAAAGAAAACCUUGCAAAACGCAAGAAGCCCCGACGAAAGAAGAAACGUGGGGCAGGACCAGAUGGAGGAGAUGAGAUAAGCUGUCUCCUAGAGCUACACAAAGAAGUAUCUUCAAGUGAUCGGUAUUUAGAAGCAAUCGGAGCUAAGAGACCUUCUGGGUCUCUCCUGCAGCCGUCCAUCACUGAAAUAACUGAGGAAGAGGAGUUGGAAAUUAAAAUAAGGGGAAAAGAAGAUACAAGCAAGGCUGAAGGUGAAAGUGAAGAAAAAGAAUCACAUCAAAUAGAUGGAGAAGGAGAGGUUGUUAGUGCCUCUACUGCUAGUGAAAACAAAGAGUGUCAAGUAGAAGAGGUGGCAGAAAUCAUUUUGGAGACAGGAGAAGAUAAAUCCACUCAGACUGUUGACGAUUUAAAUGUGAUGGUAGAUCAUUCUACUGACAAAGCAGUAGAAAUGAAUGGAGAUGAGAUGGGAAGUCCCAGCCUUAGUGCUGAAGUAGUGGAGAACAUUGACCCUGAACCUCAAGAAGUUGGAAAAGAGAAAGAAGAGUCAAGCAGCGUGGAGGCUGCUCAAAAAGUUGAGGAGGACAUUGAAAAGUCAAAAGUAGAAGGAUCAGGUACUGGAAUCAGUCAACAAGACAAUAAAGAAAUGGAAAGAAAUGAUGACAGGAGGAAAGGAGCUACUGUUGCAUCAGAUGAAUUUGGUGCUGAUACAAAUAAGAGAAAAGCUCUUCACGUCUGCUAUCAUUGCCAAAAGAAAGAAGAGUUAGCCAAGACAUUUAAAAGAUGUGUAAAAUGUCGUGGCAAACCCAAUCCUCACUACUAUUGUAGUAGAAGCUGUCAAGUUAAUGACUGGAAGGCUGGUCAUCGACUUGAUCAUAAAGAUGAUACUGAUUAACUUCACCAGGCUCUUGUGUGUGGAUAUGUAUCAUAGAUAUAGAACUAUUAUAUGACAAUUAUUUAUCUCCUCAUUUAACUAUUAUCAUUAUUGUUAGUAUUAUAUAUGAUUAUAAAAAAGUGUAUUGUUAUUAUUAUUGUUGUCUAAUUUAAACUAAUGACAUUUGUGAGUUGACUAGA